CUGUUCUUUACCAGAUCUUCAGGCUGCACCCAUAAAGAGGCAAAUCCUUGUAGUCUCUGCCUCACCUGGCCAGCUACAGUCCAGCUGAUCACAACGGAACUGAUGUUCAAUGGCUAGAAACAGAGGCGACAAGUGGCUGAAAUGAAUAUGACUGCUAUUCUACAAGAGAUCUUGAUUAAAAGGUCACAACAGAAGAAGAGGACUUCUCCUUUAAACUACAAAGAGAGGCUUUUUGUACUUACAAAUUCUAUGUUAACAUAUUAUGAAGGUCGAGCAGAGAAAAAGUACAGAAAAGGAUUUGUGGAUAUUUCAAGGAUUAAAUGUGUGGAAGUUGUACAAAAUGAUGGUAUUAUUCCCUGUCAAAAUAAAUAUCCGUUUCAGGUUGUAUAUGAUGCUAAUACACUUUAUAUUUUUGCACCAAGUGCACAAAGCCGGGAUCAGUGGGUGAGGAAUCUGAAAGAAGGAAUAAAGAACAACAGCAAUAUAAUGAUAAAAUAUCAUCCUAAAUUCUGGACAGAAGGAAUUUAUCAGUGCUGCAGACAGACAGAAAAAUUAGCACCUGGCUGUGAAAAAUACAAUCUUUUUGAAAAUAGUGUAGUAACGCUGCCCUUGCCAAUGCCAGAAAAAAGUAUGCGACGGCCACCACCACCUGUUCCUCCAGCUGAGGAAAAUGACAAUGAAGAGGAGGAGAUAGUGGUUGCGAUGUAUGACUUCCAGCCUACAGAACGUCAUGAUUUAAGGUUAGAUAAAGGUGAAGAAUAUACAGUAAUCGAGAAGAAUGACAUUCACUGGUGGAAGGCAAGAGACAAACAUGGGCAUGAAGGAUAUAUUCCAAGCAACUAUGUAACAGGAAAGAAGUCCAACAACCUUGAUCAGUAUGAGUGGUACAGCAGGAACCUGAAUCGCAGCAAGGCAGAGCAACUCCUUAGAAAUGAGGACAAAGAAGGUGGUUUUGUGGUGAGAGAUUCAAGUCAGCCUGGCCUGUAUACAGUUUCCCUUUAUACAAAAUUUGGAGGGGAAGGUUCAUCAGGAAUAAGACACUACCAUAUAAAAGAAACAGUGACAUCACCAAAGCAAUACUACCUUGCAGAAAAACAUCUCUUUAACUCCAUUCCAGAGAUAAUUGAGUAUCACAAACAUAAUGCAGCAGGUCUUGUUACCAGGCUGCGUUACCCUGUGACCCCAGAGAAGACAACAGCACCAACAACUGCAGGAUUCAGCUAUGAGAAAUGGGAAAUUAAUCCAUCAGAGCUGACUUUCAUGAGAGAGCUGGGGAGUGGCCUAUUUGGAGUAGUGCGCCUUGGGAAAUGGAGAGCGCAGUACAAAGUGGCCAUCAAAGCAAUUCGGGAAGGCGCGAUGUAUGAAGAGGAUUUUAUUGAAGAAGCCAAAGUAAUGAUGAAACUAACACAUCCUAAGUUAGUUCAGCUGUAUGGUGUGUGCACACAACAGAGACCCAUCUACAUUGUGACCGAGUUCAUGGAGCAUGGCUGCCUUCUGAAUUACCUAAGACAAAAACGUGGGGUUUUGAGUAAAGAUGUCCUGCUCACUAUGUGCCAAGACGUCUGUGAGGGAAUGGAAUACCUGGAGAGGAACAGCUUUAUCCACAGAGACCUGGCUGCCAGGAACUGCUUGGUGAAUGAUUUGGGGGUGGUUAAAGUAUCUGAUUUUGGGAUGACAAGGUAUGUCCUUGAUGAUCAGUACACAAGUUCCUCGGGGGCUAAAUUUCCUGUGAAGUGGUGCCCACCAGAAGUUUUCAAUUACAGUCGAUUCAGCAGCAAGUCAGAUGUCUGGUCAUUCGGUGUUUUAAUGUGGGAAGUGUUUACAGAAGGAAAAAUGCCCUUCGAAAAAAGUUCCAACUAUGAUGUGGUAACUAUGGUUAGCCAAGGACAUCGCUUGUACCGCCCCAAGCUGGCCUGCAAGCAAGUAUAUGAAGUCAUGAUGAUGUGCUGGCAGGAGAAACCGGAGGGACGCCCAACUUUUGAAGACUUGCUCCAUAUAAUCAUUGACAUUGCAGAGGGUGAAGAUGCUUUCUGAGAAACGGCAAUAUCAGCACAAGUACAGAAAAUAAACCACUUUCCAGAGA